AUGGCGCUGCUGCGGCUGCGGCUGCGGCUGCUGCUGGCCGUCGUGCUCCAGACGCUCGGUGAUGCCAUGUCUCGGCAAAUCGCUGACGGCCUGACAAGACGACCACACCUCGACCACACCAUGCUCCCCUCUCCGCCGUCCACACCCCCCACGCCCGCCACUUCUCUGCUGCCCACGCUCACGGCUGCCACAGCCAUCACUCUUCGCCCAGCAGUGCACCGCCAGGCAACGGCAAUGGACAUGGUGACGGAUAAGGCAGUGACAGCGACAGCGACAGUGGCAGUGGCAAUGGCAAUGGCAAUAGCAAUGGAAAUGGAAAUGGAAAUGGCAAUGGAAAUGGAAAUGGAAAUGGAAAUGGCAAUGGCAAUGGCACUGCACAUGCCCGUGGCCCACGGCCAGCACCCAGCAGGCCUCGAACCAGUUCCAUCCGCUUCACCACCAUGCUGA